AUAUCACGCGUUGCACAAUCCGACUGGGCUGUUCGAAUGCAAAGUCACAUGGGAGCUGUGAAAUAAAACUUGCAAAAAUUCACUGCUGUCUCUUCAGUUGUUUCUGCAGGUCGCGUCCGGACCCAGACUCCGAGGUGAGCUAUCAUGAAGGCCAUUCUCCUUUCGGCGACUUUGCUUGCAGUGGUUCUGUCAGUGGCUGCCGUCUCUCUGAUUGAUCCAGCGCUGAAUGAAGACUGGGAGAAGUGGAAGCUGUUGCAAGAGAAGCAGUAUACAGAGGAAGAAGAAAUUGUUCGGAGAAUGGUGUGGGAGAAAAACUUCAGGUUUAUUGAAUAUCACAAUUUGGGAUACAUGAUGGGAAAACACACCUAUGAUCUUAAGAUGAACCAGUUUGGGGACUUGACCCUGGAGGAGUUCAACAAGCUUAUGAAUGGCUUCCGUAUGCCCAAAUCCAGGAACUCAACACAGCACCUUUUAAAGUUCCGGGAAUCAGUUGAGGUUCCACAGCAGGUUGACUGGCGUGAAAUGGGAUAUGUCACUCCUGUGAAGAAUCAGGGGAGCUGUGGAUCCUGCUGGGCAUUCAGUGCAGUUGGAGCACUGGAAGGACAGACCUUUAAGAAGACAGGAAAGCUCACCUCCCUCAGUGAGCAGAACCUGGUCGAUUGCUCAUGGGAGCAGGGGAAUGCAGGAUGUCGUGGCGGAUGGAUGGAAAAUGCCUUUCUGUAUGUACACAAUAAUAAGGGAAUUGACUCUGAGUUUGGAUAUCCCUAUACUGGGAGGGAGGGUACCUGUGCUUAUAACCCCAAAUUCAAAGCUUCCGAAUGCACCAAUUAUUUUUUUGUUUCACAUUGUAACGAACAAGCUCUAGCUCAGGCUGUGUCCCAAGUUGGACCUAUUUCAGUUGCUGUCGAUGCCACACAUCAGUCCUUUAUGUUCUACCAUUCAGGUGUUUAUUAUGAACCAAGUUGUCAGGAAUACGUCAUGAGUCACGCAAUGCUGGUCGUUGGCUAUGGAAGUACAGGUGGACUGCCCUACUGGAUUGUUAAAAACAGCUACAGCACUCAAUGGGGAGAUCAAGGCUACAUUUUCAUGUCCAAAGACAGAGGAAACAAUUGUGGAAUUGCAACACAUGCAGUCUAUCCAGUGAUUCAGGGCUGAGUCUCGCACUGUUAUGCAGGAAGUGCUUCCCCCUCUGGGUGUGACUGUGUGAGACAGAGAGCUUGUUGGUUUGCUUACUGUUGCUUUGUUUACAAUUUUGUGUGGUGAUAUGAACAUAAUCUGUCUUUCCUGGAACAAACUACUAUUUCAAUUGUGAACACAGUGAACACAAUGCUUGUUGGAUGAUUGGAAUUGGCUGAUAAGCAAAUCCUAUUGAUGAUGUAAUUCCUGUGUCUACUUCAGAGCAGAGACAUGACCCUGCUGAGCGGGGUAUUCCUCAUCCUCCUCCCCUUGAAGAGAGCAGCCUGGAUGAAAAACUGGACACAAAGCCAUUUGGCCCUUUGGCUCCAGUUGACUCUGAGUGGAGCAAUCCCAUCAUUAUACUCCAUUCCACAUUUUGCUCGCAGUCCUGCAACUUUUGCUCUGAAAAGCUCUCAAACUGUUCUGAAUCUUCAGUCAUUUAAUGGCACCAUUAGCAGGUCCCAGUGAUCAGCUACCAGCACCAAAAACAGAACAUCUUCAAACACUCAGUAGAUCACACAAUAUCUAUGGAAAGAGAAAUAUCUGCAGCACAUCCUUAGGAUGUGGGAGGAAACCCACAGAUUCAGAGUACCUGUGACUAGUAUUAAACUUGCAUCUCUGGAGCCAAUGGGAAAGCUCGGCUAGGUGAAUUAUUAUCGUUAACUUAAUAAAAGUUUCUAUCCCUGCCAGAAAUGCAGUUACUUACAUGUUAACUAAUAAUAGCUGUUCAUUGUACUGUAGUUCACUUGGACUCUCAAUUUUAUGUUUUUAUAUUCCAAUGCACAAAUUUGAUAUUCUGAUUUUUCUUCUUGUUGUUCAUAUGAUCUGUUUAUUUUCGCACAUGGCGCUUUGAUAUUUUUCUUUGAAUUGCUUCCACGGUUUUGCUUCGUGGCUGUCUGGAGAAGAUGAAUAUCUGUUGUAUACUGCAUACAUACUUCGAUAAUAAAUGCAUCUUGAACUUUGA